AGACAAAGAAAAGCAGAAGAAAACAAUCGCACGUUGCGUUUUCUUGCACCCAAACCGGAUUGCACCAUACAGUUUUUGGGACAAAGUGAAUUGUUGCCAAAAUAAACGGUACCGUUUGGCCCUUUUUAAUCAGCCCCGGUGCCAGGACAGGUGUGAAACACGUACAAAAUGCCACCGAAAAAGAAGGGCAACAAAAAGAACCAAGACUGGGACGAUGACGAUCAGUCCGAGCAGUCGUCGAUCGUGUCCGGAACGUCCGGGAAGUCAUCGAAAAAGAAGGGGGGCAAAGUUGACAACGUGGAUUCCGACGAGGAAAGUGGACCUCCAGCGGGUCGUGGUGGAAAAAAGGCACAACCGGCUCCGGCACCGACGGGCAAAAAAGGCAAGAAGGGCAAGCGUAACGAUGACGAUUGGAGUGACGAUGAGGAACAGCCUAAAAAGGGAGCGGUCGGAAGAAAAGGAGCUGAUUCAGAUGAGGAACAGGUGAAGGUGCCGGCUCCAUCCAAACAAGGUGGGAAAAAGGAAACGAAGAAGCCGGCCGCGAAAGGAAAGGGUAAGGGCAAGAAGGAUGACGAUUGGUCGGAUAAGGAGGAGAAGGAAAUCGAUCUGCUUGCUGGGGGUGGUUCGGAUGAUGAGGAGGACGAUGACGAUGAGGAAGACAUGAUGGCUGCAAUGGUAAGCAAAAAGUCGGCCAAAAAGAAGCAACCCAAAAAGGCCGCUAAGAAAGCGGCGAAAGUACAGGAAUCGGAGGAAGAAAGUGAAGAGGAGGAAGACGUAUCGGAUGUGGAGCCGGUGGUUAAGCAGGAACCUCCUAAGCAGGUUGAGAAACCAAAGGAGGAACUCAAGGUGGUUAAAGAACCGGAACCAACGCCACUACCGGCAGUCGAACCGGAAAAGAAAAAGGAAGAAAAGCCUAAAGAGAAGGCAGCCAGUGAGGAGGAAGCUGACGCGGAAGUGAAUGAAAUGGCCGACAAAGUUGCGGAUGAGUUGAACCUCGAUGGGGACGGUGAUGAUGAUGACGCUACUGGCGAAAAGGAAAAGAAACUAACGCACAAGGAAAAGAAAAAGUUGAAAAAGCAGCAAGAGUUUGAGAAACAACAAGAGGCGAUGCUGCGGAAGGGCGGUCAAGGACAUUCGGAUUUGGACAGUAAUUUCACAAUGUCGCAAGCACUGAAAACGGGCAACCAGAGCAAACACAUGGAGCAUGCGGUCGAUAUCAAGAUCGAAAACUUUACCAUCUCCGCCAAGGGUAACGAUCUGUUCGUGAACGCCAACUUGCUGAUUGCGAACGGACGCCAUUACGGUUUGGUCGGACCGAACGGCCACGGUAAGACGACACUUUUGCGUCACAUUGCCAAUCGUGCCUUUGCGAUUCCACCCAACAUCGAUGUGCUGCUGUGCGAGCAGGAAGUCGUUGCAGAUGAAACGUCCGCGGUGGAUACGGUGCUGAAGGCGGAUGUGAAACGGACCGCUCUGUUGAAGGAAUGCAAGGAGCUGGAGGAAGCGGUUGAGUCGGGUAAAAUCGAGCUGCAGGAUAAGCUGCAGGAGGUGUACAACGAACUGAAAGCGAUCGGUGCUGAUUCGGCGGAACCACGCGCUCGUCGUAUUUUGGCCGGUUUGGGAUUUUCUCGUGCGAUGCAAAAUCGACCGACGAACGCAUUUUCCGGUGGUUGGCGAAUGCGCGUAUCCCUGGCAAGGGCACUCUUCAUCGAACCUACCCUGCUGCUGCUUGAUGAACCGACGAACCAUCUCGAUUUGAACGCUGUCAUCUGGCUGGACAAUUACCUGCAGGGAUGGAAAAAGACUCUACUCAUCGUGUCUCACGACCAGUCCUUCCUCGAUAACGUCUGUAACGAAAUCAUCCAUCUAGACAACAAGAAGCUGUACUACUACAAGGGCAACUACACGAUGUUCAAGAAGAUGUACGUCCAGAAGCGGAAGGAAAUGGUCAAGGAGUACGAGAAGCAGGAGCGGCGGCUAAAGGACAUGAAGGCGCACGGCCAGUCGAAGAAGGCAGCGGAAAAGAAGCAGAAGGAAAAUUUGACCCGCAAGCAGGAAAAGGGCCGAACGAAGAACCAGAAACCGGGUGAGGAGGAUGAUGGACCGGUGGAGCUGCUGUCGAAGCCGAAGGAGUACAUCGUUAAGUUUAGCUUCCCGGAUCCACCACCGUUACAGCCACCGAUUCUUGGUUUGCAUAAUUGCCAUUUCAAUUUCCCGAACCAAAAGUCACUCUUCGUGGGUGCAGAUUUUGGUAUCGAUCUGAGCAGUCGGGUUGCCAUCGUCGGUCCGAACGGUGUGGGUAAGUCCACCUUCCUGAAGCUGCUCGUGGGUGAGCUGGAACCGAUUAAGGGUGAAGCGAAGCGAAACCAUCGCCUUCGCAUAGGACGUUUCGAUCAGCAUUCGGGCGAGCAUCUGACGGCGGAGGAAACACCGGCCGAGUACUUGCAGCGUUUGUUUAAUCUCCCGUACGAAAAGGCUCGCAAGCAGCUCGGCACGUUCGGGCUGGCUAGUCAUGCGCACACGAUCAAGAUGAAGGAUCUGUCCGGUGGUCAGAAGGCCCGUGUAGCGAUGGCCGAACUGUGCCUCAAUGCACCCGAUGUGUUGAUUCUGGAUGAACCGACCAACAAUCUGGACAUCGAGUCGAUCGAUGCGUUGGCGGAUGCGAUCAACGAGUACAAGGGUGGUGUGAUCAUCGUGUCCCACGACGAGCGAUUAAUCCGUGAGACGGAAUGUACGCUGUUCGUGAUCGAGGAUCAAACGAUCAACGAGGUGGAUGGAGACUUUGACGAUUAUCGCAAGGAGGUGUUGGACAGUUUGGGCGAGGUUAUUAACAAUCCUAGUAUAUCGGCUAACGCUGCCGUCCUGCAGUAGUAGUGAGAGCGAGAGUUUGUUUUGGGGCCUGUAUGCUGGUUACUUUAUUGCUAUUAAACUUACAUACGAAGUCAUUAGUUUCUGGCAAAA